GUUCGAGUCCCCGUCUCGGCCGCCAUGGCGGACGCGGAGCCGGAGGCUGAGGACGGCAGCGAGGGCGGCGGCGGCGGCCGGGCUCCCCCGGGCCAGAUCGGCAGCGCCGCGCGCGUGGCCCCGCUGGGCCCCGAGCAGCUGCGGCGGGUGCUGGAGCAGGUGACGAAGGCGCAGCCGCCCGCCGAGCCGCCGCCGCCCUUCGUGCUGCAGGACGCGGCGCGGCGGCUGCGGGACGCGGCCCAGCAGGCAGCCCUGCAACGGGGCCCCAGCGCCGGGCCCCCGCGCCCGCAGCGCCUGCUGCCGCCCAAGCAAUUAGAAGCCAUUUGUGUCAAGGUAACAUCUGGAGAAACAAAAGGUCAGGAAAGGCCGAUGCCCCCACUGGCCACCAUCCAGCCCAGGACAGCCAGGCUGAGCCAGCCACUCAGAAGGCACUCCAGCGUAUUGGGGCUCAGCAUCGCCAGUCCUCAGAUGCUCAGAUCACAGCCCCUCCUGAGCACCGGGCCACAGCCAUGUUUCCUGAGUCACUCACCUCAGCCUCCUGUUCAGGUGUUUGUACAGAGACCACUCCCCGCCCUCCGGCCAGGCCCUACAAGGAGAGUCAUGGCCCCCAAGGCUCUGAGUGGACAGGGCACCACGUUGGCCCCUUCCUCAGCCUCUGACCCACCAGCAAUAACAUCUGUUUCCACCAGUUCAGCAAAUUUAUUUAUUUCCAACUUUCAUACAAAACACACUGAGAAACUAAAAAAAUCUUUAAAAGUGAAAACACGUUCUGGACGGAUAUCUCGACCUCCCAAGUAUAAAGCUAAAGAUUAUAAAUUCAUAAAAACAGAGGAUUUGGCUGACGGUCACCCAUCAGAUUCUGAUGAUUAUUCAGAACUGAGUGUGGAAGAAGAUGAAGACCAGAGGGAAAAGCAGGCGCUCUUUGACUUGUCGAGCUGCUCUCUGAGGCCCAAAACUUUUAAGUGUCAGACAUGUGAAAAAUCAUACAUAGGAAAGGGAGGACUGGCCCGGCAUUUUAAACUCAAUCCUGGCCAUGGCCAGCUGGAACCUGAGAUGUUGCUGUCUGAGAAAGCCAAUGGGAACAUGAUCCAGGGCCGCGAGGAGAGCAGGACCACUAGCCUGGCGUCCCUGGAGCUGUCCACGUCAGCUCUUCUAAGUGAGGAAGGGGCCCGGUCAGCACGGGGUGGCCUGCAGAAUGGUCAGUCUGUAGAAGUUGAAGAGGCCUUGGUGUCUGAACCAGAAAAUGGAAAUUAUUCAGCCCUUGUGGGAUCAGAGAGACAUCCAGGACCUAGAAAAAGUGGCUACUCCAUCCCCCCUGCAGAGUCCAGCACUGCUGUCGCCGAGCAGAGCAGAGCGGCUCACCCACGCACGGGCACUGGUGCAGCAGGUGUGCAGAGCACGGCGAGGAGGAGAGCCAGGCUCAAGGAGUUUCUCCACCAGUGUGACCGGGACGAUCUAGUGGAGUUGGCUCUGCCUCACCUGGCUCAGGUUGUGACCGUGUACGAAUUUCUUCUGAUGAAGGUUGAAACAGGUCAUCUAGCAAAGCCUUUUUUCCCAGCCGUGUAUAAGGAAUUUGAAGAGUUACAUAGAAUGGUGAAGAAAAUGUGUCAAGAUUACCUCCGUAGUUCUAGUCCGUGUUCUCAGGAGUCCCUGGAAAUAAAAAACGAUAAGGUUGCUGAGUCAUUAGGAAUUACAGAUGAAUUCCUGAGGAAAAAGGAAAUACACACAGAUUGCAUUCCAGCCAUGUGCACCAGCCAAGAGACGGAUGGGGAGGAGCUAGAGGAAGCUAGCCGACAGAAGAGGGAAAGUGAGACUGCAGAAGAGGGGCCAGCCUCAGUGAAAAGGACCAGAAGAGAAACUCCGCCUCAGGACACCGUGGAGCCCUUUGCCGACAGUGGAGGCCAGCAGAACCUGGCCUUUUGUGCUCCAGCUGCCAGUGAGGGUCUUGCCUCUCAAGUAAAUGGGAAUGCCUCUCACCUUUCUGAAGACAACCAUGCGAUGCCAGUUUCUCCUAGCCAUGGAAGCAUAGCCCAUGCAGGGCAGCAGCUGAAAGCCCUAGAAGCUAGGAGUGGGCCUGCAGACCCUGCUCUCUUGUAUCAGGGUGUGAGUGGGCCGGGUCUUUGCACUCAGUUAGGAGAGCCUGGGAUACUGACCCAGGAACAGGUGGCAGCAUUCCCCGAAGAGAAUGCUCAGGAACACUCUUCAGACCAGAACGCUGGGGACAGCCUGAGGAACCAGGGUCACUGUAGUACCUUGAUAUCUGCUGGAGGAGGGGAAUCCGUGAUGCCUGGUGGGUCUGGAAGAGUUGAGGCAGGAAGCCUCUGUGAGAUGCCUGACUCCCACCUGAAUAGUCAACAGUCCAGUCCCGGCAAGGUCCUGCUUACGGAGGUUGCAGCCACUCCGCUGGAGAAAGUUUUGUCCAUGGACGUUGUUCCAAUAGACUGUGCCUACAGUACUGUAGUGUCCGAGCUGGGGCCUCAGGCUAGCCAGGAUGGAUCGCUGUCUACUGUAGGGGGUCUCAGAAGCCAUGCCGGGGACUUGGAUCAGUUCCCUUGCGGGACCGAGGUGCAUGCUGACCAGAGAGAACUGGAGAGCAUUGUUGCUGUCGGUGAAGCCAUGGCUUUUGAAAUUACCAGCGGGUGCCAUGAGUUGUUGCCUCAGGGACAGGAGCAGAUAUUUAUUCAGACUUCCGACGGGCUUAUCUUGUCCCAUCCAGGUUCCAUAGUGUCUGGGGUGGAGGACAUUGUCAUAGUGACUGAUGCAGAGGGGCCUGCCCUGCAGACGGGCCCACCAGAAGGGGUUCCUCUAGAAACCGUGGAGGAAGAGCCAUCACAGUGAAGUGGAGUCAGAACCGCAGUCCUAGAUUUGUAUGUAUUUUAUCCAAAGAAGGUCUAUUUCAAGUAAUAUAUUUUUCUAAUGUGAA